CCUUCUAAAAUCAUUAUGGUCAUAUUGUGCAGUGACGUAUAGUCGUAUGUUUAACUUUGGAGAAUAUAUAUAUUCCUGAAUGGUUUAUUUAGCAAAAUUAUUCAUUUACUUUGAUUGUUACACGUAACGUAUUGGAAAAUCUUGGAUACAAAGAAUAGUCGAGACAGAAAUUAAAUUUUUUGCGAUAUAUAACGCCUUUAGCGUCGUCACUUAUAUUUAAAUAUUAGCACUGGAAACACUGCUGAUAAACUUACCGAUUUCCUGUGGAAGUGCGAUUCGUUUGCUUUUGAUUUCUAUAUAUAUUUUCCGAGUCAAUUUUCAAUUGACUUAAAGAAUACCAGAGAGUACGAAUCUUUUGUCUAAUUUGCGAACUGGCAUUGCGCACCCCAAGGAGGGGAAACAAAAUCUUAUAUGACUUUUGAAAGAUACGGUGACACACCAGCAAAAAAAACCGCACCACUCAUUCAACAAAAACGGAGUAAAGGGUUCGAGCUGUGCAUGAAUUCAAAAGGGCGAACCAUAAGUCACCGGACUUCGAGUAACAGACAUCGGAAGUUACAGCCAUUCAGGUACACAUGAGCCUGCUGUUUUGCCAUUAUUUAAAGACUUGAACUGUUCCGGCAAGAUAAAAAUUCAUGCUUAUUCUCGGUAAAAUUGUUGAGUGAACACACAGCAGCGGCAAUA